UCUAGUCUGACAUAUAUGAACUAUAUAGUGCAUAAAGCAGUAAUCACGCAUGCGCAUCUAGCUUCAAAAAUAAUGCUACCGCGAGUGGCCAAACUAUCUACGGUAAAACAGCUUCUACAGCUCAGUUGCCAACGCUCCGCUGCGAUAACGAACGCAUGUGUCAAUCGCAGGAGUAAGUGGACAGAUAGUCAUCACAAUGAAGAACUCUAUCCUGGUCACAUUCCCACCUCUCUGGUUCAGAAGGCCUUGCUGGCGGUGGGCUCAGGGGUUUCCGCUCUUUGGAACCCCUACAGACAUGACAUGGUCGCAGUGCUUGGAGAAACAACAGGCCACCUGGCUUUGCAAAACCUAAGGGACCGGAUGAGAAACGACCCCGAGGGUUAUACAAUUCUAACGGAGAGGCCCAGGAUCCGCUUGUCUACGCUCGAUUUGCAAAAGAUGGCCUCCUUACCCGAGGGGUCUUUAGGUCGGGAAUACCUCCGUUUCCUAGAAGACAAUCAUGUGACACCCGACUCGAGGGCCGGAGUGAAGUUUGUAGACAACGAGGAGCUGGCAUACGUUAUGCAGAGAUACCGGGAGGUCCAUGACCUGCUGCACACCUUGCUGGGAAUGCCCACUAACAUGCUUGGUGAAGUGGCCGUGAAAUGGUUCGAAGCUGCUCAGACCGGACUCCCUAUGUGUGCCCUCGGAGCUCUGUUGGGGCCUGUUCGGCUCAAUGCCAGUCGUCUUCAGUUGCUGGUCACAUCUUUGGGCCCGUGGGCCGUGCAGAACGGCCGAAACGCCCGUUGCGUCCUCAGCAUCUUCUACGAGAGGCGGUGGGAGCAGAACCUGGAAGACCUGAGACAGGAACUCAACAUUCAGCCGCCCCCAUAGUUGCGCACCACUGAUUUAAAAAAAAAAAAAAAAAAAAAAGAACUGGACAAACCCUUAUUGACAUCACACAUGGCGUUUGCCAGCAUACAGUCGAUGCCAACUUCAUAUUGCUCUGAACGCCACCAUGAAAGCCGUCGUGUUUCCUGCCCAUGUCGGUGAAGCCCCAUAUUUAAGGUAUUUGGGUAGUUACAUCAUGUUUGUCAAUUCUUCAGAAAACUACACUGUAUUCAAAAUUGAACUGUGUGUUCAGGUUUUUAAUGGAAAAAAAAAAAGCGAAACAUCUAUUUGUUAUGGAGGGUGUCCUCCUGCAUAACCUCAUAUGUUGCUCACGUAACAUAAUUAACGAUGUACAUUUAAAAUAAAUAUGGCGGAAAACACUCGGGUGACUUGAAGUUCCGCUCUGAGACCCCCAAUUUGGCCAACUUUCAAAAUUGUCCAAUAUGCAUGUGUGAUACAUCAUUGGAAGGCUUAAAAUCUCAAUUUUCUGGGGGAAGAAAAUUUUUGAACAGGAGGGUAUUUAGAAAAAAAAAAAAAAAUUGAACAGCAAAACCCUAUCUGGAGGUGACAGCACGCCAGAGCAGAAUUACAGACGCCAUGACGUUAACUAGAUAUUAUCACAUACUGACCUUGUUUCGAUCUAAAAACUCCCAUGUAUCAUUGAAUGUCAAGACACAGCUGUGAAUGGCCACAGCAGGAUUGUUUUGGGGAUUUUAUGGGUGAAACAUGGUAAUAUAACAAGGGUCGCGAUGCAUAAAUUGCAGACAUCAAGGAGUGGUUGAGAUUUUCAUAUAUUUACCCUUUUAAAUGUUUUUUUUUUUUUUUUUUUUCCUUUGGAUCGAUUAUCAUCUAACAUAUCGGAGAAAAUGCGACAGUAAAACAAACAAAAAAAAAAUACAAUUAGGCGAUUGUUAUGAGGUAGAUAUCCGUGACUUAUUUACAGACACAUUUUUUUUCAUUGUGAUGUAAUUUGUUCAAAAGUUUAAAAUACGCGAGUGAAUAAUUUUUUAAAGUCGUGUUUUUUUUUAAAAACGAAAUAUUAGACAUCAAUUAAUGAUUCUAAGCUAAAAAUGACAGACAUUUUGAAUAAUAUAAUUCUUUUUAUGGCUGGGUUUAAACAAAAGCGGUUGCGCAACGUCUGUAAACGGGGGUUUCCAAGGUAAAACUGAUUAAAAAUAGUUUUGGGGCUAAAUGCGCCAUGAAUCUGCUAUGGCAGCAUAGAGAUAUUGUUCUAUCAAACAGAACAGUUCUUUUGGCUUAAAAUACAUUAUUUUAAAGAGGAGUGCAAGAGCAGAAACUGCUUUUUCAGUCUUGUCUGUGUUUUCCGACAUAUACAUACAUACAUACAUACAGUAUCUAGGACACACCUUCUCAUUCGUGCUUUUUCGUUAUUUUCGUGACUAUUUACAUUGUAAAUUCUCGCUGAAGGUAAUCAAACUAUGAAUUGACGCGUGUGAAAUUAUGUAGCCAAAAAAAAAAAAAAAAAGGCAAAAUAACUAAAAACAUGUAUAAAAUUCUAAUAUCUUCAAAGUAGCCACCCUUUGCUCUGUGUACUUUUUUGCCAUUCUCUUAAUGAGCUUUAAGAGGGAGUCACCUAAAAGGGUUUUUUACUUCACGGAGUUAAUUAGUGGAAUUUUUUGCUUUAUCAACGGUGUUGGGACCUUCAUUUGUGUUGCAUUGAAUGAGGUGUGUCCAAACUUUAGGCCUGUACUGUUAUUUUCAAACCGUUUAAAAAAAUUUUUUUAAAUCAUUUUAUUUUUUUUAUGCCGCGAGCAACCCACACUAGGGUUGCGAUCGAUGUAAUGGGCACCCCUGAUGUAAAGCAUCUUUUCACUUUUAGCAUUUCUUUGUUGAUGAAAGCCAAUGCUGACCCCUUGUGGCUUUAUGCAUUAGCCCCAGAGAACAUGCUAUAAACCAGUAGUCACCAACCUUUUAAGCAUAAAAUAAAGUCAUACAAAUGUUAUAUGCAUGAAAAAUAAAACUCAUCAUAAAAAAUAACGUCCUUUCAUCUGCGUUUAGCACCCAAUUGCUAGAUUCUUGCCACACAUUUAGAGUACUUUUGCACUUGUUACAUUAAACCCAUAUUUGAAGUAGGACUCAUUGUAUUGUCUGCUAGCAGCUUUCCUUUUUAGAAGUUACAGGCUCUGAUUGUGGUUCUUGAAUUGGCCCUUUUUACAAAGAAGCACUCCAAAGGCAUUGUUAUUUUACUCAGUUUUGAAUUGCCUAGAAAGUACAGUAUGUCUCUAACCAAAUUUUCCUCUCCUUUGGUUCAAUUUUCCUGUGAAAGGUUCCCAGGUGUGGCACUGUUGUGGUUUUGUUGAUCUGCAAAGCGCUGCCGGCGUUCACAAGUAGUUAGCAUUACAGAACUUGUCGAUGUCACGUUCAACAUUGCCAGAUAGAAGGCCUUGCCGUCACAGCUUAUGAUCUGAUUAGUUAUCGCAAAUAUCCAUCAACUAAAUGUGCCUGGUCACUCACAUUGCCCAGAUGCCAGCAUUGAUUAUUUGGACAGAUUUCAUACAACAACAGCAACUACUAAAUAAAAUCAAAAGUGUGAUAAAAUAUUAAGACACUGGGAUAAGAUGAUUUGAAUUUAAAGAACAUUUCUAUAGGCAAGUUUCCUGAGUGAAAUAUGGGCGGCACCAUCUUGGAAAAUGUCUGCUCCCAACUUCCGGUUUAGAAAGAACAACAUGAAUUGCGGUUCAAGUAAGCAGUGUGUUGACAAAGUUAAAACUGCUAAAUCAAGCCAGAGGAACCCACGGAAUCUCCAAAAAUGGAUUCAACAUGACGUAAAUGAGACGUAGAUGAAAUUGUAUGAUUGUCCUUAUCACUCCGUUGAUCAUUCGUGGACUAAAUUAUAACAACCUGUCAGCCUGUUUUGACGUGAGGUAUAGAUUGAUAUGCCGGCCACUUGAGUGACCAAAAUAAGGUAAAAUUACAAAUAUUACAUUUGCCGAAUGCAAAAGGGCUGACAUGGAUUUUGUUGUUACAAGGAAAUACUACAAGGCAUGUACAUAUAAACAAAAAUAGUAUGCCAUUCUUUUUUAUUGCAGAUAUUGAUCGCAAUAAAACAUUUGGACAUGAUUCCAUUUCUUGUUUUAUUUAAAACGAUGGGUGCAUGUGUAAAACAGGUCAAUAAAUCACAAUUUAUAAAAUUAUUAGAAAAAAUAGCAUACGACAAUGUGAUAUCAGACAGCAGAGCUCCAGAGCUGCUUGAGUUCCUCGCCAAACUUUAAUCCGACAUUACGCAGACCCUCGGCGGCUUACAGACGGGCUUUCUCACGCUGACCUUGGUAAUUCCAGCUCCAAUACCGUAUCUUAAAGUUGCUGCAGUUAAAAAGCUCGUAGUUGGAUCUCGGGAUCGAGCUGAAGGUCCACCGUGAGGCGAGCCACCAUACAGUAGUUGUAGUGAAUAAUAUUAAAGAUCAUCCUAAUUACAAUCAUCAAUGUAAUAACAAUAUCAAAAGCAACAAGUUGUUUCAUGCGCAAUUUUUUUACUUUAAUAUUUUUUGAGCACCGGACACAUGAAAAUGCAGGAAUCUGAAGAACAUACAUUCCAUAACACAGCGGCAACAUGGCUACAAAAACACCCGGUCUUUGUGGUGGCACGAGCUUGGUUCCAUAUCUGCUUGAUGAACAUGUUGUCCUCCCCUGUCGUGAUGGUUGCAGAUGUAUGCGGUAUUUCCAAAUUGUCUUUUUUAAGGGAUUUUGAUGAGUAAUGUUACUCCAGCUCCACUGUUGUUUUGGAUGGAGAAAUUCUAAAAGCGGAAGUUGCUUGCGGACAUAAGAAAGUAAAGCGGAAGUACCUUGGAAGCUUGUCUAUAUAUUUAACACACAUUAAAAAAUAAUUGAGCAAAUAUAUAUAUAAUA